AUGCUGUUGUGGAGUAUCACCGACCACCAUAGAUUAGGCACAUUAGCUGGGUGUAAAGUGAAGGGAAAGCAAGCAUGUAAUGUCUGUGGGAAGGACACACCCCAUAGGUGGCUAAAGUUUAGUCGGAAACAUGUUUAUAUGGGGAAAAGGAAGCGGCUCAGGCCUAAUCAUCCUUACAGACGACGGAAAGGAUGGUUUGACAACACGGUGGAAGCUGGUUAUUCGAAUAGGAUUCAGAGUGGAGCUGAGAUCUGUGAAAGUCUCAGGGACUUCAAAAACGACUUUGGGAAACAAAUAAGUAAGAGGAGUAAAAGAAAAAGGACUUCAGUAGACGAGGAUGAUAUUGUUUCAGCUGAGGAGUACGAAGAAGAUGAUGAUAAGUGGCGUUGGAAGAAAAAAUCCAUUUUCUUUGACUUACCUUACUGGAAGGAUUUGCCUGUGAGGCAUAACAUAGAUGUUAUGCACGUGGAGAAGAAUGUGUCUGAUGCACUGAUGUCUAUCCUGAUGCACAAUGCGAAAUCAAAAGAUGGCCACAAAGCAAGAAAAGAUUUAGUAGACAUGGGGAUUAGAAACAACUUGCAUGCACAAAUAAGGGGGAAGAGAACUUACUUGCCACCAGCUGCGUAUUGGCUUUCUAAGGAAGAAAAACAAAAGUUCUGCAGAAGGUUAUCAAAGUUCAGAGGCCCCGAUGGCUAUUGUGCCAAUAUUUCCAACUGUGUGACACUGGAUCCUCCCGGUAUUGGCGGCUUGAAGUCACACGACCAUCAUGUUUUAAUGCAGAAUCUGUUUCCGGUUGCAUUGAGAGGUUUACUUCCAAGAGGACCUCGGAUAGCUGUGACUCGGUUAUGCAAUUACUUUAAUAGACUCUGUCAACGCAUUAUUGAUCCUGAGAAGCUACUGAAACUAGAACAAGAGAUUGUGGAGACAAUGUGCCAGCUAGAGAGAUUCUUUCCUCCUUCCCAGUUUGACAUAAUGUUUCAUCUUCCAUUGCAUCUAGUAAGAGAAGCACGAUUGGGUGGCCCUGUUCACUUCAGGUGGAUGUAUCCCUUCGAGAGACCAGAAGCUUGUAUGGCCGAGGGUUAUUUGGCUGGUGAAUGCCUUGCAUUUUGUAUGGAGUUCCUGCAAAAAUCGGUUCCAGUAGAAGAAACAAUUACAAGAAACGAAGAUGUUGAGACUAUGCAGAAUGUACUUGAAGGUCGUGCACUCCAGAAAGCAACAGAAGUUAUACUUAGUGACAAAGAGAGAGAUAUAGCUCACCGCUAUGUCCUCAUGAAUACUGCAGUGAUAGAGCCUUAUGUUCAGAUGCAUUUAGAAGAACUACAAAGCACGGAUGUAAUAUGUGCCAACAAUGAAACCAUCCUGUGGAAAACCCAUACAGAAAGGUUUUCACAAUGGAUUAAAGAAAAGAUACCAAAUAACUCGAAGGACCAUUCACAAAGACUAAGAUGGCUUGCUUUUGGACUAAGAAAUAUUGCUCAUACAUACAAGGGAUUUGUAGUUAAUGGUAAUCGAUACCAUACAGACGAUAUGAAGAGGAAGACACAGAAUAGUGGUGUUGCGUAUGAAGCCUUUUCCAUGCGCAGAGCUAGUGCCAAAGAUUCUAGGCAUACGGCUGAUAUAGUAGCAUUCUACGGAGUGAUAAAGGAGAUCAUAUUGCUUGACUAUCACAUGUUUCAGGUGCCUCUGUUCAAGUGUAGUUGGGCUCAUAAGGGUAGAGGAGUUAAAGAGGAAGACGGUUUCACUCUUGUGAAUCUCCAUAUGAACCAGUCAGCAUUUGCGAAAGAUCCUUACAUUAUGCCAUCGCAAGCUAAAUAA